UUUUUGUUCUCUGAAAACUAUAAUAUUAAAAAUGGAUACGGACGAAACCUUUGGUUGUUUACCUUCAUUAAUUUGUUCAAAUGAAGAUGACUUUGAUGGUGGUGAAUCUUCUUGGUUUAACAAUCAUUUUGGAGAUGCUAAUGAAGAGUAUAAUUCAGUUAAAUUACACGAAUUGGUCAUUGAAUAUUUGGUAUUUAGUGGAUAUAAGGAAGCAGCCGAUUUAUUAAUCAAAGAUGCUGAAUUAUCUCCUUCAUCUGAUACUUCUCAACAAAAGAAAAAUGAUUUGUCUGAUCAAAAAAUUCUUGAAAAUACCAAAAACGUGGAUACCUUAAAUGAAAGAAGUGCUAUUCAUAAUUGUAUAAUAAAUGGAGAUAUUGAGACUGCUAUUCGAUUAAUUGGUGAAAUUGCUCCAAAUUUAUUAAACUCAAAUCAAAAACUUCAAUUCAAAUUGUUACGACAACAAUUGGUGGAAUUAAUUAGAAAUAAAGAAGUUGAUAAAGUUUUGUCAUUUGCCCAAUCAAAUCUUGCGGAUAAAUGCUCGGAUAUUCCUCAAGAAUUAUUUGCGAAGUUGGAACAAACUUAUGCACUUCUUGCUUUUGAUAACCCAGAAACUUCUCCUUUUGGAUAUCUAAUGGUUCUUUUUUCAAUUUGUUUUUAAAUUUUGAGGGAUUUGUAGGAAGGGGGGAAUCCUUUAGGUCUUUUGUCCCCAAGCUCCUUUUUAGUCUUUUUUCUCCCAGCUCUUUUUUUUGUUUGAUAAAGGUGGGUGGUAGGGAAUGAGCAGAGGUAU